UGGGUCGUUAUCGGUUUUUGAGAUAACGUAACGUAAGCGUUAUGUGAUUUCCAAUAACUAGUUUCUUAACUAGUGAUUUUUAUAACUAGUUAUUUUCACAACGUUCUGAAGCAAACGUGAUAAUUGUAACGUAAAAUCGUUUGGUUAGGUAGCAGUAUAACUUAAUUCUUCUUCACGCACACGUAGUCAUUACGAAUAUUGUAAAACCAGUGAUUUUGCGUGAGUAGUGAAAGUAGCCAAACAUCGACGCUAUGCCUUAAACAUAAGAGUGAAUUCGAUUUAACUUUAUGGCGUUGUGAUUAAAAGAGUUAUUGAAGACUGAUGCCUAUUUCGAUCGUUUAAAUGGCGUUAUGAAUAUCACUAGUUUUUGUUGUAGUGGAAAACGAGUGAUCACUGUUCGAGCUCGUAACUGCAUAUAUAACCAGUUAUGGUUAAUAACGCCCAUCGCUAGUCAGUCAGAAACUUUUGCCGUCUACCUACCUCUCGCCUUUCGUUCGGAGUUGCUAAAUUUAAUAUUGAUUUCCAUGAAAAGUUCGCUUAAAAAUGACGAAUUUGUUGGAUAUGUUGUUCGAGGAAAUUGUUCCAGGUGAUCAGUGUGAAGAUGUAGAUGUAACAAUUCAUAAUUUGUAUCUGGCGUGUUGUAAACUGCGCGGUUUAUCGCGGGAGGAGCUUGAAUCAAAAUUGAUGCUUGCUAAAUUAAAGAGAGAUAAGAUUAGGGCUCUCAAAGCCGCAUUUAGAAGUCAGACGAACCUUGCAAGGAUGGAAAUCCUCUUGGCGACCGAAGAAUUGAAACUGGAAUUGAAAAAUUUGAUUGCUGCGGCGAAGAUGUCAUAUGAUGAUGAAGGAAGCUCGUCAUCGCAACACUCCUCAAGCAGAAAGAGAAUGCAUGCUGGACGAGCUGACCGCAGCUCUCAUGGCAAUAGAUACAAAUCGUCCAGAAGCUGCAACGACUGGGAGAGAAGAGACAUGAACGGGUUUGGAAAUUUAGGGUGCGCAUCGGUCUCCUCACACAGUUCGGGAUCAAAACUGUACAUGAACGUGACUCCCGGCUUAAGUUCUACCCGAUCCAGCGAGGGAUCCUACAGCCAUGAUAAGCAUGCAAACUCGAACAGGAACAACAGAAGAGUUGGAAGCCUCUCUGAUAUACCUAAGGAAGAUACUAUUCAAAGUACGAGGAUGUACGAGCGGCCUCCUCACUCCUCGGAAGAAGUAAAUCGUCACAAGAAAACUGAUGAAGAAAAUCGGAAUUCUAUUCCAAGUUUUACGGAAGAAAUCCAUGAUGGGAAGUCGAAAUCCGUCCACCGUGACUUUGAGAACUCUAACGGUGAUAGAGUAUCUUACGCGAACUCUAAUGUAGACAGAGUCUCUUAUGCCAACUCUUAUGAAGACAGAGUGUCUUAUGUCAACUCUAACGGUGACAGAGUCUGUUAUGCCAACACUAACGGCGACAAAGUCCCUUAUACAAACUCUAACGGUGACAGAGUCUCUUUUGCCAACUCUAACGAUGACAGAGUCCUUUAUGCAAACUCUAACAGUGACAGAGUUUCUUGUACCAACUCUAACGGUGACAGAGUCCCUUAUGCGAGUGCCAAUACUCUGGAGAAUGAAGAUAACAGAAAUAAAAAUUAUGAUGAUAGAGUGAUUCCUGAAGAAUUCCCGAGCACUGACACAACACGGGGUCCCGAGAUCGUUAACGCGCCUAUUGGAAAAGAGAACUUUGAAGAAGGCGUCGAAACCGUCAAUUCAAUCCACGAAGAGGAUAAAGUUAGAAUCAAAGACGAACACAAUCAGGGUGGAACGGGCAUAACAAUAGCAAUAGAAGACAUAAGUGAUACCGAACUUUCAAACGCAAGUGGCAAAGGAAUAUUCGAUGAAGUAACAACCCUGACAUUCCAACAUUUCACACCGGAGUCUACCGAAGAAAUCGACCAUUAUUGUGCUACGUGGAAGGACGUACAGGAAAAAUAUUUAAGAUCCAUCGCUGAUGAGCAUAAACCAACAAGAACGAAUCCACAGCACACCGUUACAAGUCAAGAAAGGCGUCAAAGUAACAUUCUGCCUAAACCCGAAGACUUAAGACAGACUCAUUUUCCUGUACCGAACCCGGAAACUGCAUUCCGCAGGAAAUCAGCUGACAACAACAUCAUCAACGCUAUUCCUCAAGCGAGUCAAACAAAUAAACCCGUCCUCGACACAAAACUUGGUAAAAAUGACAAAUCGUAUGUCAACAAUGAUUCUAAUGCUAACUCCAAUAGUGGCGAAAAGCGAAAGCGCCGAAGACAUAGCACAAACAAACGAGAAGCUUCAAAUUCUUCAAUUGGCACCGAUAACCGCAGAAGCAAGGAACCCAUAAAAUCUUCCAAAAACAUUCAAACUGGCCUGUACACUACAAGAGAUCUGAGACAUGACUUGGAAAACCGUAAUUGUGAAAAUCUUAAUAGAAAAAGAGACAGAAACCGCCAAAAACCGAAGGCUCUAAGUCUGAAAGAAGCCAAUUCACGCCACGCGAGUGACAAGCCACAAGCCAACAACGAGCCAAGCGCAGUUUUGGAGAUCAAGGACGAGACACGGCUGAAAGAACUCAACAGAACUUAUGAAGCGGUGAUGAGUUCAAAACAGAUCAAGGUGGAUAAUGAUUGUCAUUCGCUCUCAAGUGCUGUAACGCUUUGCUGGCAAAAGCCACAUCAAGCUUGUUAGAAUUGUAACCAGUAUUCUUAGAUGUUCUCGACUCUUCCACGACUGCGUUUUCAGCUGAGGCGGCCUUAAGGCCUUCCUGUAACUCUGAUUGCUCAUUAUUCUGAGUUAAUAUCAAGUGGAUUUUUUUCCAUCGCAAAAGUAUACAAUUGAAAAUAAUUUUAAAAAACCAAAAAAUACAUGGUUAUUGCGACGGAAAAUUCCACUUGAUAUUAAUUCAGAAUCAUGGUCUGAAUCAUCCCCCUCAGUAUUCGUUACGAUGUCACUAACACCCUGUAUGUGAGUCGAAUGGAGGAAGUUUUGAGUUGACAUCUUAGAAUAUGGAUGUAAUUGUACUGAACUUGUUCUGUUUAAAAAAUUUAAGUACAAAAAUGUUUUUAAACAAAUUGUUUUAUACUUUAAUUAUGAGAGUAAAGUCUGAUUUGUUUGUGCCGUGGUAAUCCAGUUGGUAGAACGCUUGCCUCUCACUUUGAGGUCGCAGGUUCGUAUCCAGCACAGGCCUUAACCAAUGACAGCCGAAUUUGUUUGUUACCGAAUUCAUGUCAUUAUACUAAAAUCAAACGCUCGCUGCCCGCGGUGCGCUAGAGAUUGACGCGUGAUGUGCUUUCCUUUUUAUAUUAUAAUGGCCCUGAUUCCUGCAGACACCUAAUUUUAUUUUAAGUUAUACCCGUCAUUUUCUUAUCCGCCGAAAAGGAAAGGGACGGAUUGUCAACAAGUUAAUUUUAAAACGAAUGAAUAACCCGCACGCAUAAAAUAGGUUAUCCGAUGACGUGCUGUCUACUUAACUCUGUCGGGUUAUUGGCCGAUGUAAAAUUUUUAGACGGUUGUUUUAGAUUUCCGCUUAAAAUUGACGCUAAAAUUUUGUGCCUGUCCAUUACCCGUCCCUUUCUUUUUCGGCGGAUAAGAAAAUGACAGGUAUAACUUAAAAUAAAAUUAUAUGGCGUCUGCACGAAUUAGCACUAGUAUACGGUUGUUCAGGGCACUACAAUCAUUUUUUUUUAAAUCUUUUUUAUAACAUACCUAUACACGUCUGCCUACCCUUUCGGGGUAACAGGCGAGAUGCUGUUAUUAAUAAUCAUAUAAUCAUGCACCUAUGUUUUAUUCUUUAACAAAUAAAAGAUUUUAUUUACCUACGUAGUAAGUUCUUGCUUACUUAAAUGAGUGAUUUUUAUAAAACUAAGUUACUACUUCAGUUAUACCAUGUCUUUCUGAUUACAUAUAGUGAACAAAUAUUUGUGAAAUCAAUAAAUAUAUGUA